AUGGCUGACCAACAACAUCAAACACCUCCUGCCUCUGUUAACUCCGAUCACAAACAUCUCCACCCAGUUUCCUCGGUUACAAACAUACAAAAUAAGAUUCGUACCCUCGAUGGUGAGAAGGUCACGUACUCGGCAUGGGUCAAGCUUUCUAAGCUCCAUGCCAAAGGAUAUGACGUUCUGCCACACAUCGAUGGUACCGAACCACCAGCCGUUUCUGACCCGCGUUUCGACGAAUGGGCCAAAAUUGAUUCCAUUGUACUUCAGUGGAUUUAUGCUACCCUAUCGGACAGUCUCCUUGUUCGAAUUCUGGAAGAUGAAACAACCGCUCAACGAGCGUGGAACAAACUUCAGUCCAUUUUUCACAACAACAAAAACUCUCGGGCCUCUUCUUUGCUUUGCGCCUUCACCAAUACGACCCUUGCCUCUUGCUCCUCAUUGAAUGACUAUUUUCAACGAUUGAAAGAUAUUGCCAACCAACUCGCGGACGUGGACCAACCGGUCACCGAAUCAAGAUUGGUCCUCCAAAUGGUUCAAGGCCUUCCUGCGGAAUACGACACCACAGCGUCAUUCACCUACCAAUCCAACACCUCUUGGGAUGAUGCUCGUGACAUGGUUGAACGGGAACAACGCCGCCAACUUGCUUGCCAACAAUCCGCCUAA